AUGCAAACUGAUUUGGAUGGAGCUGUAAAUGAACUUAAAAAUACUGAAGAACAUGCUAAGGCAGCUAGUACGGAUGGUUCACGUCUUAUUGAAAAAUUACAUCAAGAACAAGAAGGUACUUUACAAGUUGAACGAUUACAUAAAGGUCUUGAGCAGCAAAUUAAAGAACUACGAAUAUGUUUGGAAGAAAUUCAUGAAUUAGAAACUGAAAAUGAAUUAGAACAAGAUCGUCAUUAA